CGGAAACGGCCUCCUCAGGGCGGGGGCGGUGGCAGCGCGCAGGCGCCCGCGCCCCGCGGCGGCUCUUCCGUCGCACGGGACGGGGGAUCUUCCCGGGCGCCGAGUGGGCUGGUGGUCGUUUAACGGCCCCGCCGCCGCCGUUGGUGCUGAGGAGAGGGAGAGAUUUCAACGGAACAGCAGAUUGAAUGAAUGCUUGUCUUCAUAUUUGCGUGAUGCAUAAAUUCCAAGAGCAUACAAGCGACUCUUUCCUGGUCUGAGCAAUUUAAGCGUAAAGACAUGUUUAUAUAAGACACAGAAAGUAGCAUAGCAAAAGUACUCAUGGGUAAGAGAAAGGAAGAAAGUAUUUCAAAGCCUGGACCCAAUAAAAGGCAGAGACAAGAAUACACAGAUGAACACAGUGAUGAGUCUAAUGAAGAAGAAAUUUCACAGUCAUCAGCUGAUAGUAAUUUCUCCUUACAGUCGACUGCAGGGGAAGUUGGGAUAAUUGAAAGCAUCCAGCUGAAGAACUUCAUGUGCCAUUCGAUGUUGGGGCCUUUUCAGUUUGGAUCGAAUCUCAAUUUUGUUGUGGGAAACAAUGGAAGUGGAAAAAGUUCUGUAUUAACUGCUCUUAUUGUUGGACUUGGUGGAAAAGCCACUGCAACUAAUAGAGGUUCCUCAUUAAAAAUGUUUGUACGAGAUGGAGAGACUUCAGCAGAUAUUUCCAUAACUUUGAGAAACCAAGGCAGAGAUGCAUUUAAACCAGAAGUGUAUGGUGGCUCUAUUAUUGUGAAUCAGCACAUUAAUUUGGACGGAAGCAGGAGUUACAAACUGAAAAGCAAAUCUGGGGCCAUAAUUUCCUCAAAGAAAGAGGAACUCAUAGGAAUACUGGAUCACUUUAAUAUACAGGUAGAUAAUCCUGUGUCUGUUUUAACCCAAGAGAUGAGUAAGCACUUUUUACAGUCUAAAAAUGAAGGUGACAAGUAUAAGUUUUUUAUGAAGGCAACUCAGCUGGAACAAAUGAAAGAAGAUUAUUCAUCUAUUAUGAAAGCUAAAAACAAUACAUGCAUUCAGAUAGAACAAGGGGAAGAGCGUCUUAAAGAACUUAAGCAGCUUUAUUCAGAAAAAAAGCAUCGUUACAAAAGCAUUGGGUUUGUGAAUGACAUGCGAAAUCAUCUUGAAGAUUUGAAACAUAAAAUGGCUUGGGCAGUGGUGGGUGAGAUGGAAAAAGAAAUACAGCCAAUCAAAGAAGGCAUCAGAGCUGAAGAAGGAAAUACAGAGAAGUUUGUUCAGAAGCUAGAAGAAUGCCAGGUAAAAGUGAAUGAAGCAGAAGAAAAGUACAAAGCAAUACAAGACAAGUUAAUAACAAUAAGUGAAGAAGCACAAGCCCUGCAUCCUCAGUGUGUAUCUUUGAAGGCUGAUGUGCAGGCAAAAAGAAAAGCAGUCAAUGAAGCUGAGGUACUUUAUAAUCGUUUCAAAACUGAGUUCAAGCGUCUCGGAAAAGAUGAUGAACAGCUACGUAAACGAAUUGAAGAACUGAAAAGCAGUGCUAAUCAGGUUUCAGAGCCUGAAAAAUUGGAAAGACAAAGGAAAAUCGCACACUUAAGGGAACAGUUAAAAGCAUUCCAUGAUGAAGAAGCAAUGAUUGGUCAACAGGUGAAUCAGUUUCAGCAGGCGGUAUCUAGGUAUAAGGAAGAACAUACUAGACUGAUGAGAGAAGACUGUGAUGUGAAACAAGCACUGGAUGCCAAGCAGAGACAGCUGAGAGAGCUGAAAGACAGUAAAACAAACACCUUGAAAAGGUUUGGACCACAUGUACCAGCAUUUCUUGAAGCAGUUGAAACAGCCUAUAGGCAAGGGCGCUUUAAACACAAACCUGUCGGACCUUUAGGUGCUUUCAUUCAUCCAAAAGAUGCUGAACUGACCUUGGCUGUUGAAUGUUGUUUAAAGAGCCUAGUUCAGGCAUUUUGCUGUGAUAAUCACAGUGAUGAAAGAACUCUUCAGCAACUGAUGUCAAAAUAUUAUCCACAUGGAUUUAGACCUCAAAUAAUUGUAAACAAAUUUCAGAAUAAAGUUUAUGAUGUUAGGCACAGAGCAGUUGAUCAUCCAGAAUUCCCAUCAGUUCUCACAGCACUGGAGAUAGAUGAUGCAGUGGUUGCUAAUUGUUUGAUCGAUGUGAGGGGUAUAGAAACAAUCCUGCUCAUUAAAAGUAGCCGUAAAGCUCGUGAAGUAAUGCAGUUUAAUCGGCCCCCAAAGAAUUGUAGAGAAGCUUUCACUGCUGAAGGUGAUCAAGUAUUUGAAAGACGCUAUUACUCUUCUGAUUACCUCAGACCCAAGUUCCUCAGCAAAGAUGUUGAAGCAGAAAUAAGUCACUUGGAGAAAGAAAUUGAAAACAAAAAGGCACAGAUAACAGCAUCUCACCAACAUUUACGUUCCAUUGAAACUGAGAUUAAGCAGAAUGAAAAUCAUCUUCGUGGUCAUCGACAACAUCAAAAAGAACUACAGAUAAAAAUAAGAACAACAACUGCAGAAAUAGCAGAUCUUGAAAAUAUGGAAGAACACCAAUCAGUGGACAUCCGUACACUAGAAGAUGAAGCUGAAGAAAAUAAGGGUAAAAUGGAAACUGUAAAAAAAGACAUGCAGCAACAAAGCAGAAAAAUGGAAGAACUAAAAAAUAUUCUUCAGGUAGCUGAAAAAAAAUUUGAAGAAAUGAGAGAAAAAAUUCAUCAAGUAGAAGAAAUUGCCGGUCCAAUUAAGGAUGAAUUAAACCAAGCUGACUCAGAGGUGGAAAACAGUAAACGCCGUUUGCAGCACUAUGAAGACAAGCAGAAAGAACACUUGGCUUGCAUAAAAAGACAUAAAGAUUUACUAGCUGCCAAAGAAAAAGAAUUAGAGGAAAAAAUUGCACAAGCUAGGCAAAUCUACUCAGAGCGCAUAGAAGUCAGCAGAACUGUUAAGAGUCUUGAUGCAGAAAUGAAUCGCUUGAGAGAGAGGAUAAAUUCAGAAAAUGAUCGCCAUGGGAACAGAGAAGAAAUAGUACAGCAAUUUCAUGACGCAAAAGAAAGAUAUAAGGCUGCAAACAGUAAAGUAAAGAAUUUAAAGAAUUUUAUUAUGUUGCUGGAAGAAAUAAUGACACAGAGAUUCAAAAUAUAUUCGCAAUUCUUAAGGCUCCUUUCUUUACGAUGCAAACUCUACUUUGACAAUUUAUUACGUAUUCGAGCUUGCUCUGGAAAAAUACUUUUUGAUCACAAGAAUGAGACACUUUCAAUAACAGUUCAGCCUCGAGAGGAAGACAAAGCUGCCCUUAAUGAUGUGAGAUCCUUAUCAGGAGGAGAACGUUCCUUCUCAACCGUUUGUUUCAUUCUCUCUCUGUGGUCCAUUACUGAAUCUCCUUUCAGAUGCUUGGAUGAAUUUGAUGUCUACAUGGACAUGGUUAACAGAAGAAUUGCAAUGGAUAUGAUUCUGAAGGUGGCUGACUCUCAGCAUCAUCGGCAGUUCAUUUUGCUAACCCCACAAAACAUGAGUUCUCUGCCUUUGAGUUCCCGUAUUCGAAUCCUCCGAAUGCAAGACCCUGAAAGAGGCCAAAGGACAUUGAAUUUCCAAAAAAGGAAUGACAAAGAGGAUGAUCAAUAAGUAUCUGUGUGUAAAACUGCGGCAUGCUGUUGAGGAUAAAUGUGUAAUGAAUGAUGUGUGUAAAGUUGUUAUUUCCUGAUGCUGGAUAAGGGCAUCUUUUGUUAGAUACUCUCAGGAAAAGAAGAGGGUCCUGUAUUUUUUUUAUUUUUAAGAGUUACUGUCUGUGUACAGACCAAGGACGAGCACAGUUUUGAUGACGAGAAAAUCCUGAAUGUUCAGUUGAUAUUUUUUAACUACUAACUAGUAGAAUUUUUUUUUAUCAGUUGUUCUGUUUUUUCCUUCUGGAAAAGGUGAAAUAUGUUUUGAAUAACUAUGGAGUAGUAUUUUAAUAAACACUGAGAACUGAUAACUUGCGGUAAUGUUUUUAGUGUCUCUACACACUUAAAAUUAGCAUUAAGUUAAAAAUGUUGGUUUCUUCCCAGCUCUGCUUUAUUUCUUAACCGUGUGCUAAUUAAUACAUGCAGCAAAACAUGGUUCAUUUUUUUGCCAGUGGAACGACAGCAGCUGAACAUAAGAAGCUAUUAGUGCUUAUAGCGUAUACUUUCAUAAUUAGAGAAGCGAAGAAUUUAUUUGCAGUGUAUUCUCUGGGCAUGUAAAAAGUGCUUUUAUUUCUUCCUUUGUAGUUUGUAGGGCAGAGUUUGAGUUUCUUUGGACACAACUUUACAAAACCUAGCAAAUUGUGGCUUUAUAAAUUUAGAUAUUUAAUGCCAAUAACCGAAGUUCUUGCACAGUCCCCGUUUGCAGGGACAGACUAAGUCUGUAGAUAAAAAUGACAUUAUAACAAACUAAAGUGACAGAAUUCCUUCCAAUCUAGAGGAAUGAAGUGGAAUAAGAGUUUUGGGAAAUAAUACAGUAACUUUUCUACAGCAUUGUAGGUCUGUGUUUUGUUGGGUGUCCCCGCCUCCCCUCCCACCCUCCCUGGGCCUGUACUAGAGCAGCUAAAAUAAAAUAAAUUUGCUUUAUUUAAAUGAUACAAGCAUUUAUUGGGGAUAAGAGGGACAAAGAAGAACCAGAUUUUUCAAACUACCCCAAAUUAACUUUUUUUUUUUUCCUCUUCUGUUCUCCUUUCUCCAGGAACUUGAAAUUGUUGGGAGCUCUUCAAAAACAAUGACUUUUUAGAAUUCAGCCAUUAGACAUACUUUUUUCUUUUUUUUUUUCCCCCUUUUUUUUUUUUUAGCAUUAUGGGGAUACAAAAGCCAAUGAGACUAUUCCGAGAACAGCUCAGCGGUUUCUACAGUUAUUUACUGAAUAGCAAUUCCUCAAUAAAACCUCAUUGCGGUGUAAGUUUGAACUCGCUGUUGCAGCUGAAUUCGGUUUUAGCCACCGCACAGUAUUUCAUGAUCUUCAGCGUUGUUCAGUUUUUCCACAAGCGUCUGUUAAACUUGUCCGUAUCUCUGUCAUACGGAAGCUAGGUAAGAACUGAAGGAAGUAGACUGAGAAAAGCUAGCGGCAGUUCUAGUGCAUUCGACCUGUAGGAAUUAAGUCUAGUGAUCUUUUAAAGGCUUCAGAUGUUUUCUUCUGAAAGCCCAGCAAUGGGCCAGCAGCCUCAUAGCAGCUUCCAGGAGGUCAAAAAGAGACCUUUUUGUUGAAGCGGGUGGCAGCAGAGAGCCAGGCAGCAGCCAUAAACUGAAGCGGGGAGGAUCUGUCUGGAUAAGCCGCGGGGAGGGAUUGUUCCUGAUGAAGAUAUGAGGCAUUUGAGCAUGUUGUCCUGACGGGUUGUAGAAUCUCAGUCUUUGGAGGCUUUGGGGGUCGUCUGCACCUCCUUCAAGCCAGGACAAGAGACCUCUGGAGGUCCCUACCAAAUUAAACAAUUCCAUAAUCCUGGGAUUUGAUGAGAUAUAUAUUAAAGAUACUUACAACUUGUUUAGGAUUAUGUGAAAACAGUGUGUGUGGGGGGAAGCCGUGUGAAGUGCGCACUUGGCAAAACCUGUCUGGAGCACAAGCCCAGUUUGCAGUGGGAGCCCUCGAUGCUAUUCAUGACGAUGAGCCGCAUGUUCAGUUUGACUCGAUUUUAUGAUGGAACUGGACUGUUUCAGACCCUUGUACAAUAUGAAAUGAGGGAGUGGCAUAGCGUUAUUUCCUCAUGAUUUUCUUCAGCUUCCAAAAAAAAAAAAAAAGGGCAAGAGAUAAAAGCAAGCAUUUCUCUUCGUUAGUACUUUUAUAAUGAGUUGUGCGGAGAAAAGAGCUUCUCGCGUUCCUACUGAGCUGUCGCUGCAGCUUUCUCCCAGAUUUUCUACAGACUUACUUGAAAUAUUGGAGCAGCUGGCAACAAUUCUGGUGUUUGGUUCAGAUGAAUAUAUUGUAUUUAUUCUAAUCUACCACUGUACCUGGUGCAAACGUGUGCCUGACCGUGUUUUAUAAGCAGCCGUUUUCAUGGUAGAGGAUUAGUUCUGAAUAAACAGUUACCGAAACACUUGAGCUUGGAGGCACUUAUUUUUGCAGUGAUCCGUCUAAGGUCUCAAAGCUAUCUUAUUCUUGAUAGUUUAAAAACAGAGUUUACCAUAGCAGCUCCCAUAGGGAGAACUGCAGUCCCGAUGUUACAUUUGGUGGCUGUGUUUGAGCCGUUGGCCGUUUUUGGAUGGCGGUGCAUUGCUUAACGCUGCACUCCAGGAAACGGAGCCUGUCCGGCCACGUGAAUUGAAGGUGCAGGGGAAUGUAGAAUGAGGUACUGCUUCUCUAAUAAGUGUCUAUAAACCAAAGUCGCAUAAAUUCUCCGGAAUAUUCAACAUCCUCUCUACAGCUUGUAAUUUAAGCCUAAGUGGGGGGAAAAAAAAAUGGGCAUCUUCUCAGAAGUAUGUAACACUUUCAGACUGAGGGGUUUAUUUUUAAGCGGCAGCCGAAGGUACAAAGCAUACCCCUCUCUCGUUUGCCGAGAACAUCACUUGUGGAGUCCAAGUCAAAUUCCGGUAUUAGAAAAUGUAGUUGAAACUUCUGCCUUUUGCUGUUCAUUUGGAAUAGAAAGAAACUUAAAUAUGAGAGGAUGGCUGUGGUUGUGGCAACAAGCGAUUCUGUGUUCCCCCCCUGCCGCCCCCAUGUUAGUUAGCAGAAUGUGUAAAACUGGUUUUUGGUGGUUUUGUUUUUUUUUCCCCUCAAUUUUAAGAUGCGCUUCACCUUUAAAAUUUGAAAAUACAGAGAAUGACUUGGUUUGUGUCAUGUUUUAUUGUCUGAUUUUUAGCUAUUACGCGUACUGUCUCAUUUCUUCAUAAGGCAAAGAAGAAAUAUCAAACAUGCAAUUGUAAGAUGUUCAGACAUAUUAUUCUUUUUUGGUAAUCCUGUAAGCAACCGACUGUUUAAAGCAACUGGGAAACGUGGUGUAAGGAAGGAUUUUUAUCUGCAAUUUCUGCCGUCUGCGAGUUCUCGAUGCUUUCCCGGGGCUGCGCAGAACUUGCACUUGCAACAAACUCGACCGAUGCACGUGGAAUUGAGGAGGAGUGUGGUUCUCUUCCCUGACCCUUCUCAGCCAUCGUACGUUACGGUUAAUUUAUUAGUAACCAUUUUUGACAACAAGUCUGUUUAUAUUAAACCCGGGGUAGCUUACUGUCAUAGGGUUUAAGGAGGGAAAAGCAUUAAAAGACCAGGUUUAGGCCAAGCAAAUAAACUGUAUUUGCCUUCCAGCUGGCUUCAAAAGCCGUGUGAGCAGAGGG